AUGGAAUCUGCCAAGAAGCGCAAACUGGAUGUGGAACCGCCGACGCUGCCGGUGGAGAUUUGGAUCGGGAUUUUUGAACGUUUGUCCGCCUGGCAGCUGCUGAGGGUGCGACUCGUUUGCCAACGCUGGCGGGACAUCGUGGACGGCAGCCGUGGUUUGGUGGCCAAAUUCACGGUCAGAUUUGUACCGCAGUUCAUCGAUCGCGAGUACCAGCCCGGCCAUCUGUUUCCUGCGACCAAGGUGUUCAUGAAACAGGUGAAAAUCGCCGCCGUUGGUUGCUGGUGGGCGCCGUUUGGAGCGUAUCUCACCGAUAUCACCCUGGAUGAGGGCAAGAUCAUGCUCCGGAACUUGUUGACCAUGCUGAGGGCUACGCCAAACUUAAAGUACCUCAAUCUGUACGACGCCUCAGUUGAAUGUCACGAAGCCAAUCCGGUUCCGGACUUCCGGCUGGACAAACUGGAAACGCUCUGCAUCGACAGCGUCAAUCGAGAGGAGAAUCUGGAAGUGUUCCGACAAAUUUGUCCCAACGUUAAAAAUUUGAAAAUCGUCACCAACUACACCUCGUUCCACGAUCAGCUCCCUUUUCUGCGCCACGUGGUUGACUUUGUGGGCGUUUGGAACACCUCGUUGGAGCAACUCGAAACCGACGGCGUAGAUCUGAUGCUGAUCGAGCUGACCCAGCUGCCUCAGUGGAACCUGAAGGGGCUCAUUCUGCAGGGCGUUGAACUCGAAAACGUCUCCUCAUUGAUCAACUUUUGCCGGAUGAAUCCGGCUUUGGAAAUCCUUCGCGUGGAAUCGGCAAUCUCGUGUGGACCGGAACUCGACGAAAUCGGCCAGCUGCUUCCAAAGCUGACCAAUCUCAUGCUAACUUUCAAGCAUAGGGCCGAAAUUCAGCCAACCUUCCUGACCCCGCUCGCUGCCGGCCUGCGCAUUCUGAAACUUUCCGCUGAAGACUCGGACUUCCAGAUCAUCAACUUUGCCGGACUCGAGUGUCCGCACCUGCAAUCGCUCGAUCUCAACGGGAUACAUUUCGAUGGCCCUCGUCUGCAGACGUUCCUGGCCGGCUCGCCCAAGCUUCGCAUCCUCUCGCUGACCAGCUGUAAUUUCUGCUGCUGGAGGGACCUUUUCCGAGCGAUCGGAACCUGCAAACGGCUCCUGCAACAUUUGUGCAUCUCCAGGGUGACCGUCUCGCAAAUGUCCAGCGACCACGGCUUCCUGGACUACCUGGACGAGAUGCGGCACCUGGGGCUGUCCAGCUGCAAAAUGUCCCAGGAAAUGGUGAGCACGCUGCUGCGGCUGUGCCCGCAACUUGAGGUGCUGCACCUGCACGCAAUGCAGCUAACCGACGCGGAAGUGGUGCACGUGCUGUGCCAAAAGCUGCGCCACCUGGUGCGUGUGAAAAUCGAAAAUUGCGCGAUUUCCGACCAGGCCGUCAACUCCAUUCGUCAAUGUUGCGUCGUUCAGCAGAAACUUGAGAUCAUCGAAUUUUGA